AUGUCGUCUUUUGCUAUCGUAUAUGCGCGCUAUGCCGCUGCUCUCUCUCGUUAUAAUUGUCCAUCUGCAGUAAAACAUUUUGGAACCGGAAGCUUUCUUCAGUCGAGACUGAAGACAAUCAGGGAACGAGCCAUAGAGCAACAAAUCGACUGGAUAAAAUCUGCACACGUUUUGAAUUCUACUACUCAGAAUUCGGGUUGCUCACCUAGAGUCCAUUCGUUGACGAGAAGCCGGCAAGUUUGUAAUGUACAGGGUACACCUGAUGACACUGCUGCGGUCGCCGAAACGUCGCUAAAGCCUCUAACUGGCCUCUUCUCUGGCGUUCUAGAAAAACUGGAACUCGGGGGAUUUGGAACUAUUUCCGCGGAACAUGAUGAUAUUCUCAAUAUAAACGCAGACUGUAUCCUGGUACCCGUCCCGCCGAACCUCACCCCUUACAGCGGUUUUGGUAUGUGCAUUAUGGCUGCAAUCCCUCAAAACAAUAUUAUAGGACUUAACGUGCUAGAGCGUGGGGGUAAAAAGCUUAUAGAAGCCCUCGUAAAACGGGCUAAGGUAGUCGUAGCAGAGCGUCUAAAAGCCCUUGACGCUGUGCGAAGCCAAUUCGAGACAUCUCAGAAAUUUGAAGAAGCCGUGGCAGUUGCCAAAACCUUAAAUAUAGGUGAUGUUAUUUUGACUCCGCCAUUUGGCACAACCAAGGCAACCAUAAUUGGGUUUGUUAUUACGCCCUUCUUCUGGGGUAUGCAUCUGCCGGUAGUAAAUCAUAUUUCGUCAGAGAACAGCACGAGGGACGCUACACUCAAACUGAGAUUUGCUUUCAAAACGGCUUUGGAACACAUCAACCGCAUGCAUAUCCAGACUAUCGUGUGCCCUACUCUUACUGAUGCAUUGAGCGGUUACGAGCCGCGGAACGCAGCGGUUGCUAUGAUAGAAGAGGCAUACGAUGUAAUGACACAAGUGGAUGCUAUUAAACCAUUGUAUGGCAUAAAUUGCUUACGAUUGGUACAUCGAAGCCUUCCUGAAGCACGUCAGAUAGCCAAUGCAAUAGUUGCUGUUGCGCACACAAGACGACCGGAAUAUAAGUUCGAUGAAUCCGUGCUCAAGUUCUGUAGCAAGCCCCGCAAAAUUACGUACAAAAGCCAUAAAGUGGUGCGAAAUAGCAAGCGAAUUCAUUGGCUACGUAACAUUAAACCGUUCCUAUGGCGGAAUGGUCUAAUAAAUGUGCCACCCCCUCUUCUCGUACACAAGGCCACCGGGCAGAUGGCUAUGAACCAACUCCGACCGGUUCCGUUCUACAAAGACAGAGUUACACAUGUGCUAUUUCCUUUGAUGAGGAGUUCUUAUAAAAGGCUUAAGAUGGGUAGCAGUGGCCAUUGGCUAGGUACAGCAAAACAGGAGCCCGUCUAUACGCAAUCAAGGGCUCUAUGA